UGAGUGUGCGUGAGUUGGCCGCGAGUUCCUCUUCUUCAUUCCACAUUUCCUCCAGUCGUCGACGAGCCGUCAAGCGGUGAACACGGGCAAAGGUGGAGUGUCGUGUACAUAAAUUUGUCCAGUAAAGGUGUGAAAAAAGACAAGAAGUGUAAUCAAAGUUCAUUAAAUAGCAAUUAGACGCGGCGAUGCUGUAUAAUUUAGCGAUAUUGGACGAAAGAGUGCUUCUAAAUGGCGCACAAGGACACUAAAUAGCGCCCAAUCGCGAGAGGGGGUUGAAAAAGAAAGGAAGUGAGAAGAAGAGGGGCCAGAAGAACUUGGCUGGGUGCAAUAUCAUCGAUGAAUGAGGUGUAUAGGUGGUGAGAAAGAAAGGUGAAGUGAAUUUUUAUGGUGUGCUAAUGGUUUAUUUUUUUCCUUUAUCUCCAUCUCUCGAAAAAGAAGACAGUGUAGCAUUUCUGAGGAACCCAUAGUCAUAAAUAUGAAAUGUGUGUUUGCGAGUGAGGAGGAAAAUGCACUUGAUUAAUGCAAAAAUAGCAUAGAUAGUGGAAUAAUAAUAGUGCAGUGGUUUGCAGUAAAUGUUAAUAAUUUAGGAAAGAAGUAAAGGGAAACAAGCGAGAGAAUAAUUCAUGUACAAUGAUUCGAUACCAUGGUGCUCAACCACCACCAUCUGUGUCAUCCUCAAUCAAUACGGCGUGCUGUCAUCUGAAUUGCUCUCGACCCAAUAACUUUCUGCCAGCGUCAGCGACCACACGAAAUGGACUGCCACGCUGUCCGGACACACUGCUGGACAUCACGGCGAGGCGGGUGGCCGAGGCGGAGCCCUUUCAGCGUAUCGAGGAGCGCUACGACAGGAUUCCCGAGCCUGUGCAGCGUCGCAUCAUUUUCUGGUCUUUUCCACGGAAUGAGCGCGACAUUUGCAUGUACAGCUCACUGUCAAGGGUGUCACUCUUGAAUUCUGGCGAUUCGCAGAGUCUCAGCUUCUGCAAGGGAUUAAAGCUGCUGGAGAGUGGCUGUGUGGAGAAUGUUCUACAAGUUGGUUUCCACUUGAGCGGAACUGUCUGGACUUACCCACCGAACCCAAAUGACGGAUCCAGUGGUGGUCAAUCAACCACCGGCUCGCAGGUCGGUGGUAUCAUGGGUCAUCCGCAGCAACCGCCGCAUCACCAGCAGGCGCUGCGCUUACCUGUCGAUCGGGACGGCGGUUCCCACAAUGGGGCCGGAGGUGGAGCCGCCGGUGGCGUGAGUUACUCCAUGGAGGAGAAUAAGAAAUACAAAGUCUCCGUUAGCUUUGACAGAUGCAAAAUCACAUCAGUAACCUGCAGCUGUGACACAAAAGACAUCUUCUGGUGCCAUCACGUAGUUGCGUUGUCGCUGUACCGGAUUCGAUUUGCUGAGACAGUUAAACUGCGAGUUCCCAUAUCGGAGACCCUGCUGCAGAUGAAUAGGCAACAACUACAGAAAUUUGUACAGUACUUAAUAUCUGCCCAUCAUACUGAAGUACUGCCAACUGCCCAGCAAUUAGCCGAUGAAAUUUUGCAGCAAAAGUCAGAAAUAAAUGCAAUUUGUGGAGCUCCCGAUCCGACAGCAGGUGCAGCGACAGACGAUGACCACUCGUGGCAUCUCGAUGAGAUUCAGGUCUGCGAGGCGGUGAAGAGCUACCUGGGCUCCGGGAGCUACUAUAAUGGCAACAAGCAACUGAAUUCACUGUUCGCGAAGGUGAGGGAGAUGCUGAGAGCGCAGGACUCUAAUGGGGCGCGAAUGCUCACGCUGAUCACUGAGCAAUUUCUCAAUGAUCCACGGCUGCUGCUGUGGAAGAGCCAUGGCACGCCGAUGACGGAGAAGUGUCGACAGCUGUGGGAUCAAUUGGGCGCUCUGUGGGUGUGCAUCGUGCUGAAUCCGCGGGCGACGCAGAUGGAGAAGUGCCACUGGAAGUCGCUGCUGGAGAAGUGGUCGCGCAGCGAAGUGUGUCCACAGGAGGAUCCCGACUUCAGACCUCCUGGACGUGAGAACUAUCGCGAGAGAUCACACAGGGAGCGUGAGCGUGAUCGUAAUCGCUUCUUCAGGGAGAACAACAUACGGAACAUGAUUUACCAGUAUCAACAAAAUAUGCAAAAUGAUCAGCAGCAACAGCCACCCGCUCAUGGUAAUCGCAAUGGUGUGAACAACUUCAAUGAUGAGAACUAUGAUAGCUCAGAAUCCGAUUCAGACUCCGAUGUGGACAUGGAUGAGAACAAUGAUGGGGACAUUCGAGAUAUUCCGCCGGUGAAUCACGAGGAAAAUGCCAAUGCCAAUGGGAUAAAUGAGAACAAUGAUGAUAUCCUUCUGCCGCCAAAUAUAAAUGACAAUAAUUCUGUAAAUAACGAAGGGGACGAGGAUGAGGCGGGCCACAGUCGGCGCCACCACAAGAGCAUCCUCAAAAGGAUCGACUACAUCGACAGGAGCAAUGAUAACAGGAGUGAUGAUGAUGACAAUGCCUGUCUGCCGGGCGAGGAGAACGACAAUCGACCUGAAGAUCGCAUCGAUCACAUCGACGGUAAUUCCAACGACCAGUGCUUCGAUGACAACAGUCGUGGGAACUUUGACCUAGCCAUUCCCGGGUGCAGUGGCAUCAAUGUGAACGUGGACAUUCCGCCACCGCUGCCGGAUAACGAUGAGAGCUCACGUGAGAGCAUGGAUGUGGACGACAUUCCCGAUGCCACACUGAGGAAGUUUGAGUUGAAUCUAGAGGAGAUGGGCAGCAAGGAGCCGAGGAGUCCACAGCCGGGCCCUAGUAGGGAUCUGGAUGUGAACUUCUUCGCCGAUGUGUACAUGAGCGACACGGCCAACGACACAAAUUGUCCCAGCAACGUGAAGGGAUGCAAAUGCCAGUCUUUCGAGUCUAAGGACACGAGCGACGCGAUAUGCGAGAAGGAGAAGAAGUCGAGUGCAGACGAGAGCCACGAGGCGGAUGACAAGAUUGACGAAUUCCCGCCUGGGUGUCCGGAUGAGGCCGCCGGGGAGGCUUCUGAGCGGAAGAUGAGGAACUGUGAUAGCAAGAUAGGUGAAAAUAUGUGCUCAGCGCGCAAAAUACCGACUGAUUUUAUUGUUACUGAUUCCACCGAUGAGGAGAACAAGUGUAGCGGCAAGUGUGUUAAUAGCCACAAUAGAUUAGAUGAUGAGCCAUCCAGCUCGAAGGCGAUGAUGCCUACGGAGAAGUGUGACUAUUGCAAGAAGCAGGAGGCCCUGCUGGCGAAGAACUGCGAGUGCAUCAUGAAUCAACUUGACCAUGUGAAUGGGCACUCGUCGAAGAUGGUGAUCGAGCUGUCGAAGAUUGGGUGCGACAAGUGCAAGGGUCAGCCCGUGGACGAGGAGUCGCACAAGGUGCUGCCUGAGAUCGAGGCGGAAGACAAAGUGGAGGAUGUAUCGGAGAAGCGUGACCAGCACGAAAUGGAUAAUGCAGCGCCAAUUCGCGAUGCCAUCAGUGGUGAUUUGAAUAAUGUGACAAAUGGCAUGAACGGCGUUGCCCAAGGACGGGGCAUCAUUCGCGGUCGUGAGAAUGGUCAGGAGGGUGAAGUGGGACGGCCUAAUAAGAAAUUGAAGCUCAACAAUGGCAGUGCAGCAAAUCGCAACAAGACACCGCGGACAAUUUUCCACAAGGCUCUCGAUGCGGUUAGCAUGUCGUGGGACAAUCAGCAUCUGAAGAACAUCCUCGCCAGUGAUUCCUACAGUCUGUCCAGCACGAACUCCGUUCAGAUUGCCGGCAGCAGCAAGUCGGCGCAGGCCAACAGCACCAGCGCCAAGUCCAAUUUUAACUCUCUGGGUCAGCCACUGUGGCACGAGCCGCUGGCCAUGUGUGCCGCCCGAGUGGACUCACUGCGCUCCCACGGGCACACAGAAGCGGCUCUGAGGUUGUCUGUGAGCGUGGUGCGGACGAUGAAGCAGGUGCAGAUGGAUGCUCAGAGUCUGUGGCACAAGCACCAAGCGUUUGUGGUGCAGCAGCAGCAACAGCAGAAGAUGCAGAGCAUCGCAAGUGCAGAGGAGCAGUCGAAGAGCGCCGGUGCGUGCUGUUGCAAUUGUCCGGAGAAGAAGGACAAGCAAGCGUCGUCGUCUCAGGGAAUGCUUCCGUCUGGUGUGUACCCGAAGACACCACGGGAGAACUACGUGAUGUGCCGGUAUGACUACAUUGGGAAUAACGGCAGGAACAGUCUUCCAGUGCAGGGAUGCAAGAGAUGCUUCUACUCGAGGAAUGCCUGUGACUACGAUGGAAAGAUGAAGAGUCACGGCCAUGGCUAUGGGGGUUCCGGAGGUCACUUCGAACCCAUGGGUGAGAAGCCGAUGAUGGGGGGACCAUUUCACAUGUUCCAGCAGCAGCAUCAUCAGCCCAACAUGCCUGAUCAUGGUGGCGUAGCGAGGAACAAUUUCAUGGGCGGGAAUCGCUUCAUGGGCGGCGGAGGUGGAGGCAAUGGCGGGUACUGCCACUCGUGGAACUCCCUGCUGCCCAUGUCGUCGUGCCAUGCGGAGGCUUGCGGAUCUUCCUCGUCCCAGAGGCAGCAGCAUCCGUCGCACGACUCCUUCGGCUCACGUCCGUUCUUCCACAAGUACGACAUGGAUGAUAUGCGCAUGAGGAAGGCAGCCCCGGGCGGUCGGAUGCCGGAAAUUGAUCCGAAAUGGAAGGGAAAGUGCAAGUGUAUAGAGCACAAUGAUUUACGGGGUCGUGACCUGGACAUGCCACCCUAUAUGGAUAUUGAGGCCAGGGUGGGUCACUCGGGACCCUCGUUCCGGGGUGGGGACAACCGCGCGCCACCGGAAGGUGUGGCGGGACCGCCGCCGCCGCCCCCGCAGGUCCAGCAGCCGCCCCCGCAUCGGAUGAUGGGGUGCGCGGAGCACCAGAAGAAUGAGUGCUGCAUAAAGAAUUUCUGCUGCAAAAUGACACAGGCGGGAAAAAUGUCCAUGAAAUCAUCGGCUGCCGUGGCGUCGUGUCGCACAUGUAUUAUGGAGCACUCACUAUUGAAUAAUAAAUGCGAUUGUCGCAACGUGACGCGACAUAAUUCCAAUUUCCCAUUCCCGUACCGCCAUCCAGCAGAUGUGGCCCCGUCAGGGAGCAUAUUCUUCGGCAGACAGCAGUUCCACAGCCAUCCGCAACCGCCGACCUCGGCGGACGGCCACCACCACCAUCCGCAGCAGUUGGAUGUGAGCCAUCACCAUCAUCACUCCAUGUGCGGCCCCCCGCAAGCCGUGUUCGGCGGAAGUCACGGGUGCGGCGAUUUCAAAUGCGGCGCCAACAUUCACAAGUCCCAUGCACUUGGCAAAGUCAAUCCGGCCAGCAUCGUCAAUUAUGGGGCGUCAACAUCCAAGCAAAUGCCCAGUGCAACGGCCACCAGUGGAAGUUCAUCGAGCGCCGUCAAUAGUAUUGUGCCAGCGCCAUCGCAGCCACCGGUUGGCCUCCUCACGGACGUGGUGCGCAACAAGAAGGCCACUUGCGUGUCCAACUGUCUCGAUUGCACAAUUGGAUGUGAAGAACCGCGCCUGUCUUUCUUUCUCUCGCCCACAGUGGAGUUCCCCUUGGACGCCGUGGCGUGCAUCUUCGACUGCCUGACCGAGGCCUGCAUCAUUCCGGAUCGCAAUCAUGGGCCGGAUAUGGGGCGAUUGACUUUCGACAGUAUCAACGCGGCCGCCGAGGAUGGGAGCAUUCUGUCGCCGCAGUAUCAGCACAUUUAUGUGCCGAAUGCCACUGAUAAAUACGAAACUUAUCUCACGCUGGCAUUCGAGGCGGCCGUAUUGGCACUGGGCAAGCAGAGAAUUAUGCCGCAAGGUCUCUAUUCGCAACAUGUAAUUUGCAAGCAACAGGAUCAGCUCAUUGCACGGCUGCAGCAUAUUGAUUUGGACCGAUUGCUCGUGGAGAUACUCAAAAAUUGUGCCAUCCAGAUGAUGGAUGGUGGGCCGACGAGUGGAUUUGGUGUGACAAUUCACCCAGAAUCUGUGCCGAUGCACACAUUGGCGCGCUUCUUGUUCACGUCGCUGCUGAAUUACUACCCGGAUUUGGCGUUCCAAGUGGGCCUCAGAGCCAUGCGACUGCCAGUGCUGGAGGACGCCGAGGAGAGGGGCGUGAACGAGGGGAGCGCGGAUGUGGAGAACAGACGCGAUGGCUUUGUCUUGUCGCGCUAUCCGCGCUGGUGGACACUGGGUCAUCUCGAGACGCAGCAGUGUUCACUCAGUUCAGCUAUGCUGAGCGCCGCGAAGGCUGAACCGGCCCGUCUGGCGGGCGUGCUGGAGAGUGCCAGGAGGAACAUUCACAGUUCGUCACAUCUCUUUAAGCUGGCCCAAGACGCCUUUCGCUAUGCCACAACAGAUGCGAGCUCCAGGAGUCAAAUACUGCUCGGAGUGGCAUUUGAGUUGGGCCUCCAGGUGAUGCGGAUGACGCUGACUUGCCUGAAUUGGCGUCGGCGGGAGAUGGUCAGGUGGCUCGUCACUUGCGCCACGCACUUGGGCUUGGACGCUCUCAUUUCAAUUAUGCAAAAUUGGUACCAGCUGUUCACGCCGACGGAAGCCACAGGACCUGUUGCCACCACUAUAAUGUCGCACUCCACUAUAAUGCGCCUCAAUCUAAAUCUACGGCAACAAGAGGAGUUGUCCAGCUGUGCCAGAACUCUGGCUCUCCAGUGCGCCACGAAAGACCCGCCGAAUUGUGCUCUCAAUGCACUCACAUUGACUGAAAAUGACCCCAUGGCAUUUGAGGCUGCUUAUCAGAUUGUGAUUGACGCCGCAUCUCACAUCAUGACCUCAAGUCAGCUUUUCACAAUCGCGAGAUAUAUGGAGCACCGUGGCUAUCCGAUGCGCUCGUACAAGCUGGGCAUUUUGGCUAUGAAGAAUGUCCAUUUGGCCUACAAUCAGGACACCCAUCCGGCCAUCAAUGAUAUCCAUUGGGCGUGUGCUCUGUCGCAUUCACUGGGAAAGGCCGAGUUGGCAAAUAUGAUUCCGCUGGUCAUCAAGAAUGUGCAGUGCGCCACAGUUCUCUCGGACAUUCUCAGGCGAUGCAGUGUUCCCACGCCAGGGAUAACGCAUUUCAAUUCGCACCAUCGCGGCAACAACAUGAGGCCAGUGCAGAAGCUGAGCUACGAUCGGGCUCCGCUGAGGCAAUUGCUGGAGGCUGCUGUCGCUGCGUAUGUUAAUACCACACACUCAAGAUUGUCACACAUCUCUCCGCGUCACUACGGAGACUUUAUCGAUUUCCUGAGCAAGGCGAGAGACACUUUCAUCCUUGCACGAGACGGUCCGGCACAUUUCUCGCGACUGAUUGAGAACAUCACCGUGGCGUACAAGGGGAAGAAGAAGCUGGUGCGACAAGUGCGUCAGAGAUUUCAGUUUGUAUGAAAGCGAUUAAUGGAUUCUCGGUGAAAUUAAUCACGCGACAUAAUAGCGAAAGGAGGAGAGCAUGGGAUUAUUAAAGGAAAAUUGUUCUUCUGGCAAAGAGAAGCAAAAGAAAAACACAAGUAAUAAUAUUUGACAAUUAUUUAGUGAGAUAUGACAAGAGGAGGAAUUACUCAAAAAUUUCAGAAUAGCUAGAAAUUGUAUAAAAAAAAAAGAGGAAUGAAAAUCAAAUAAUGUAAAUUGUAGGGAAAUGUGAGGAUUUAUUUCACAGAGAAUUAAUCAUCAACGCAUGAUGAACAUUAGAUUUUGCCCCCAUGAGUGGGAAUUUGUUAGUUUCUUUUUAGUUCUCAUGAAAUAUUGCCACAAUUAUUUGUCUUUCUUCAUAUUUUUAUUACUGUGAUCAUUUUAUUUAAUUAUACAAUAUUUAUAUAUUUUGAGAAUUUAUACGACAAUUAAAUGUUCAAUUUGAAAUGGAUUAUUUUCUUUCCCAGCGUCGAAAGGAGAAUAAUAUUGAAUAGGAAUAUAGCUAAAGAGAUGUGGAUGAGCAGAAAGAGAAGAGGACAAUAGGAGAAUUAAAAAAUAUUUUUUAGUUGGAUACAUUUAGGGAAGUUCUUUUUCUAUUCUCUGUAAGCGUAAAAGAAAAUCAUGCCAAUUAUGAUUACAAUGUUUGUAUAAAUAUAUCUUCGUGAUGGUAGGAGAAAUUCUGCAGAGUUAGUCACAAAUAUCUUCUCUUAAUUUGUUAAGCAAUUCUUUUUUAUAUCAGACUGUCGAGCAUUUAAUUAUGAAAAGGAAGAAAUUACAUGCAAAAUUACACUAUCCCAUCCUUCUAUUGAUAGAACGUCUAGGUAAGAAAUGAUCUCAAUAUUUUACGGUGAAAAUGAGAGUUGAUCAACUUCAAAAUCGUCUCUUAUUUUAUGCUAAAACACUGUAUACAAGACUUUCGUUGUAGUUUUAGUUCUUUUUAUCAAUCUCUCUUUUGCAGUUUAUUUGUUUAACCUCUUUGAGUUUCAUCUGUUACGACAUUGGUAUUUAUUUCCCAUUUGUUUCAUUUUAUGUUCAGUUUUAUCUGAAAAAAACACCUAAUUGACUGUCUAGAAAUUUAUUUACAGAAAAAUUCUCCUUAUGAUUUCAUUGUAAAAUUACUGCCAAAUAUAUGGAUAAACAUUGCAUCUGAUACAAAGGAUGAUGAUAAAGAAAAACAACAAUAUAUAAAAUAUCAAAUAAUAAGCAAGAUUACUAGAGUUGUAAGAAGGAACUUGUGCCAGUAUUUCAUACAUAUUAAAUAAUGAUUAAAUUAUUGAUGAAUAAAUUGUAUUGUCUCUUGCUGAAUUACAAUUACCUAUUUAUAAUUAUAUAUGAAAAGGUAUCGAAAGAAAAUAGCUUAAUCAAUAUGUAUUAAGCUUGAAUAACACUAUGUAAUCUCAGGAUAAAUGAAUAAUUCCAAAUAAUAAACAAAUUAGAAGAGAUUCUCUGUGUGUCUUCCCAAUAAAAUGUGAUGAAGAAAUAUUCCAGUGAGUUAGAAAUGCUCAAGGCGG